UUGAUUGACAUGCUGAGACAAUCGUAACAACUCGGCCAUCUCCGGCAAGCUUCGAGAUAGACCUCGUAAAUAGUAGUAAGGAUAUACGAAAGUGCGAUGCGGCUGCCGGCAAUUAACAUCGUUUUCAAUCCGCGUAAAGAAGGCCCAUUGUAACAACAAGGAAAUGGAUUGUGUUAAAUUAAAUGUGCUUGUUUAAGAGAAUUUUUUUAUUAUAACCUCAAAGAACGUUCGUUUUAUGAAUAUUUAGAUGUUUCCUUAUACAUGAAGCACUCUGUUUCAUCUGGAAAAAUCGUGAGCACACAGAAAAUGUACUUGACAGUCAUUGAAAUGAUCAUACGGUUCAUGGCAUGCAUGAAUCAUUACAUCGGAUUAAAUGCAUGCAUGGACUAAAUGUCAACAUUUUCUCAACAGUUAUAGGAAUACCCUAUGAAAUGGACAACAUUGACUACAGAGAUCGUUGAGUUAGUGCAAACCCUUGAUUUUGAAAAAGCGAACACGGUGCAGCUUGACGAACGAUUCGCCUUCAUUGAACGAAUAGACGAAACCAUCCCGAAUGCAACAGGAAUGGACGCAUUAAAGAACGCAGGGAGCCCCAGGGUGUUCAAGUCCCAUCUGCAGUACAAGUUCCUGCCAAAAAUGUUACAAGGCGGAAAAGGAAGGAUGGUGUACGUGUGUCGGAACCCUAAAGACGUUGUUUUGUCCUGGUACAAGCUGAUGCAAUGGUUCGACUGGUGUGAUAUGUCACUGGCAGAAUUCUUUGAGGAUUUCAUGAACGGAAAAGUUUUGUAUGGAGGUUGGGAAGAUAACGUUCUUGGAUUUUGGAAUAACACCAAAGUUGGGAACCUUUUGUUUUUAAAGUAUGAAGAUGUUGUCAAGGAUAUUCCAAAGACCAUAAGGGACAUAGCGAGCUUUCUUGGCAGAACACUGACCGAUGGCGAUGUGAACAGAAUACAUGAGCACUGCUCUAUUGAAAGCAUGCGAAAGAACCCGACGCUUAAUUUGGAACAUAUGGCUGGAAGUAACAUGAAGGAUGGUUAUGGCGGUUUCAUUAACAAAGGUAAACCUGGAACUUGGCGAGAGUCGUUAACGUCUGAGAUGAGUUCUCGUCUUGAUGACGUUUUGAAACAGGUCGCAGAGAAAAGACUGUCUUUUGAAUGUUGCUAGAUAAUGUUAUGUCAAUACAUGUAUGUGUUUAUUACUAACAUAACAUACAGAAAUACCUUAUUAUCAAUGUGUCAAGGAAAUCGCUGUGUUCUUGAUGACGUAUUGAAACAGGUCGCAGGAAAAGGACCGUCUUUUGAAUGUUGCUAGAUAAUGUUAUGUGAAUAUGUGCUUAUUUCUAACAUAACAUACAGAAAUACCUUAUAUGUAUACAUAAUAGUAAUACCUCAAUGUGUGUCAAGGAAAUCUCUGUGUUCUAGAUGGUGUUUGCAUUGACAUUAACUUCCUUUAUGUAUUGUAUUUAUUUAUGUAUUGUACUUGUUUUGUUGUAGUUUUCAGAAAAAAAUAUAUUGUAUGCGACCAUAACUUUCGGAUAUGACUACUUUGGCAUUCCGCUCAAGGCUUGUGCGCGCUGACGUUUGAUUUGGAAAUGAGGGCGUAUUCAAGUUGGAAAAACAGUGAACAAUAUCAAAUUGUUUAUUUCUGUUUGAAACAGUUAACUUUCAUUUUGAUUUCUUUGACAAAUAUCU